UGUUUUUUAGCCGGACUGCUUUAGCAGUUGCGCAUGUAUUAGCAGUUAGCGCUGACACUAGUCCGCUAGUGUUUUCCAACUAGUAUCUAUUAUUGUGUUUAUACUUAAGUUACCAUAUUUGUACUCAACAUUUCGAAGACCAUAUCUGGAUAACAAAUCUGACUUAUACAGGAUCAGUUUUCCUCAUGGUCUGACUUAGUUUUCUUACUAACAUGGAUGACAGUAAACAGACCUCCUCUCCCGAGGGAUCUGUAGACCCCUCUCUCGUGUCAGAAGAUGGUAAAAAUGUGAAAUCAGUGUUGUGCCAGAGAUGUUCUUCAAAAGUGCUCUGCCCAGGCAUGGCAGUGAUUGCAGAAAAGGAGCUGUUUCUGCCUUCAAUGAGAAAGAAAACCUCCAUUGGUCAGUCAGACGGAACGUUGGAUGGGGACACGUUAACAGCUCACUGGCUGGUUGAUGACAUGUACACAUUUGAGAAUGUGGGGUUCACAAAAGAUGUAGGCAAAGUGAAGUACCUUAUUUGUGCGGAUUGUGAGAUUGGACCCAUUGGUUGGCAUUGCCUGGAUGACAAGAAGAGCUUCUAUGUGGCAUUGGACAGGGUGAACCACGAAUAGUCACUGUUUGGAGAAAUUCUAUAGUAUUUGACUAUGUAACUCAAAUGGCUUCCUUGUUUGGGGUCUUGUUUUUUGCUCUCUUCACAGAGUUCUGAAAAGUUUUUGUAUAGUUUUUUAUUGUGACGUUUUCAUUUUCACUGCUAACAUGUACACAUGUCUAACAUCAUAGUCUGCCAUAGAUGAAUGGAGACGAUCGUUUUAAACAUUCCUUAACACAAGACCUUUCCAUUAUCUCUCUAUGAGUUUUCAGAACACAUGAAGUCACUUUUGUGUACGAGGAGAUUUAGAAGGACAGUGCUUGUCAAAUAACAAAAUUCAUUGUUGACCAUUUAAGAGAAUUGCAAUAUUAUACUGAAAAAAAUAAAAUAUAACUCUAAACUGUUA